UAACAGCGGUGUAAUAAAGAACGAAGCAAAAAUCAGAAUAACGUUACACACCACUUACAAGGAAGAAAAAAAUAAAUCAUGCUUAUUAGUUUGCCUGUGAUGCAGAAGCCCGCCACGGCGUUGGGGCGGUGUCUUGUGUUUUGAAAAUGUUGGCGCGACAGAAGACGCCCAAUAGCGUUAGACUGAGGCGUGGACUGCCGUCCAAUGGGAGGCGAGCACAUUCAAGACGCCCAGUGGGCGGAGAGCAGCUCGAAUGCAUAAAAGAGCGGAGGUGCGCGCGCGAGGUCAUUCUUUUUUCCUUUGCAGAGAAGAUUAGAGUCUGACGGCAUGGCAAGAACCAAGCAGACCGCGCGUAAGUCCACCGGUGGCAAAGCCCCGAGGAAGCAGCUGGCGACCAAGGCUGCGCGUAAAAGCGCUCCGGCUACAGGCGGCGUUAAGAAACCUCACCGUUACAGGCCCGGUACCGUGGCUCUCAGGGAGAUCCGCCGUUACCAGAAAUCCACAGAGCUGCUCAUCCGCAAGUUGCCCUUCCAGCGCCUGGUGCGGGAGAUCGCUCAGGACUUCAAGACCGAUCUCCGCUUCCAGAGUUCUGCCGUCAUGGCCCUGCAGGAGGCUAGCGAGGCGUACUUGGUGGGUCUGUUCGAGGACACUAAUCUGUGCGCCAUCCACGCCAAGAGAGUCACCAUCAUGCCUAAGGACAUCCAGCUGGCCCGCCGUAUCCGCGGAGAGCGCGCCUAAAUUAAACGGAGCGCUUACAAGUUGCCAAAAAACCCCCCAAAGGCUCUUUUAAGAGCCACAUAAGCGUUUCAGUCCGAAAGAGUGAGUUUUCUAGCGAACUGCUAGCUCUCCUAAGUGCUAUGAUGUGACGAUUCCUGAGGAGUUUCUUAGUCUGCCCAUAGUUCCCCUAUUGUGUGGAUAAUGGUACACUGUGAUAAAAUGGAGCAAAUGUUAUGUGUACAUGAGGUCCAGCAUUACUGGUCCAGGUGAGUCUUCAGGAGACGCUCAGGUGAAGCAGCAGAGGCGAUGACGUGGGGGC